ACUGGGCAUAGAAUGGCCAUCUUUUGGUAUGUAACCACACAAGAGGAACAAAAGUCAAAACCCUUAAUACCACUCCUGCCAAGAUAUUUCGGAUUUUUCUGUAGACCCAUUUUUCUAGCAAAUUAGACUUAUAUCCCUGUCACAAAAUUGUUUUGAAGCCAAGACACUGUCUUAGAAGAGUCGCAAAUUUUUAUUUAGUACCUUUCAGCUAUAAUUACAUUGUCCAUUGUAACAGCUUUGUGUUUAAUCAAAAAUGGCAGACCAUUCUGGUGGUUUGUGGGACUGGGUUGGGGAAGCAUGUGUCGGAGCCCAUAGUGAGACCUGCUGUCUUGUAAUUACCAUGUGUACCUUCCGUGCGUUCAUGCUGUUAGCUCUGAACACAAGCAUAUGAAAAGUGAUGAUGGGCAUGAGGAAGGAAAUGAACAGGGGACUGACUAGUGGGGACGGCUGGAAAAUGUCAGUGUUGUGUUGCCAAACGCUUCCUUCCUAUUUUUCUCUUUUCCAGAGCUCCCCAAGCUAAACUCAGUAUUUAAUUCUAGUGGGCCAAAAAGUACUUUAGGUUUUAAUACGGUCUAAACACAUAUAAACGUACACCUUCGCUGAGAGAGAGAGAGAGAUAGACAGAGAGAGAGAGAGAGACAGAGAGAGACAGACAGAGAGAGAGAGAGAGAGAGAGAGAGCUGGCAACAAUUGAGCGCCGGGCUCCAGCAGGGACCAAGCAGCUUCUGAAACUGUUUACCCAGACUAUGGACUUCAUAUCCCGGUUGGCUGUGUGGAGUGGGGCGGCGGAGCUCUAACUCUCCUCUCAUCUCUGCUUCAUGUCCCCUUUUCCUCGAGUGAAGGCAGCGGAGGAACUUCAUCGGCGGCUCCCGAGCUGCGCGGCCGGCCGGGAGUCUCGGGCUGUCGCGGUGUGUUUGAGGAGGAGAGGGGGGAAGAUGUGGAGCACACAGCUGAUAAGUCUUUCUGGCUGCUUCAAUCAAAACCUCGGACUUUCAGCAUAAUGUCCCGAUUCUCCAUCACUGGUGAGGAGCGAGGAGCGGGCGCAGCGAGCAGGAUGCGGACUUUGUGCCCGGUCUGAGCGCAGCGCUGUGCACAGAGACGAACAGACAAGCUGGACGUGCAGCACCAGGGUCUUUCUGCUUUCCUCGAGGUUUCUGGGUCCAAAUGUCAAGUCCAAGAGAAGCUUUAUCAUUCUGGAACCAGCAGUGUGUGACAUGAAAGGGAGAGGAAAAAAGGAAGACGGUAGCCCGUCAGUAUGUUGCACAUGGCUCUGGCAGUGUUGAGUGUUGUGAAGAGAGCUCUACCCGGUGGUACAAGAGGAGAGAGGAGGGUGAAAAUGUGAUGAAUUUUACUAGUGUCUCCCGGCUUGAUUAUGGACAGUGGCUGGUGAAGGAAUCAUACUGUUUAAUGAGACCGUUGCUUUCGUGUUAUCAAGGGAUUACUCAAGACCUUCUUCAGCACCAGGCAGACACAGUGGUGUUAUUAAGUCAACAGUCAAAAUCUAAUGAGUGUUCUAUUGGAAUUUUGAAAUCCUAAUUGCUCAUCAUUUUUUCCAAUGAUUUGGUUUUGAUAUUUUUUUCUGAUUGGUUGAAAUGGAGAUACAGUGGCGUUUGUGGAAUAAGGACUGGGCCUCCUUCAUAACGCCAUGGAUACCAAUACUAUUAGGCCUUCACCUUCAGUUCUCCCAGGCUUCUGGCUGUCCUGAGGAGUGCCGCUGUGAUCGUACCUUUAUUUACUGCAACGAGCGAAGCCUGACCUCAGUGCCUCUAGGAAUUGGUGAGGGUUAUAAGACCCUCUACCUCCACAACAACCAAAUCAAUAACGCUGGAUUUCCCUUGGAGCUCCACCAUGUGGCUUCUGUGGAAACUGUGUUUCUUUAUGGUAACCAGCUGGAUGAAUUCCCCAUUAACCUGCCCAAAAAUGUGAGGGUUCUCCAUCUGCAAGAGAACAACAUUCAGACCAUCUCCAGAGCAGCUCUAGCUCAGCUUCUUUGGCUGGAGGAGCUGCAUUUGGAUGAUAACUCUAUUUCCACAGUAGGGGUGGAGGAAGGGGCCUUUCGUGAGGCAGUGAGCCUGAAGAUGCUCUUUCUUACCAAAAACCACCUGAGCAGUGUGCCUAUUGGUCUUCCAGAUGAUCUAAAAGAGCUGCGACUGGAUGAGAACCGUAUUGCGGUUAUCGCAGAAGAAGCAUUUAGGAAUGUCACCCGACUAGAGCGCCUCCUGUUGGAUGGAAACUUGUUGACAGAUGAAGGGAUUGCACCAGGUACCUUUCAGGACCUGGUCACCCUGAGGGAGCUGUCCCUAGCCCGGAACUCUCUCACAUACCCUCCCCCAUUCCUCCCAGGGGAGGUGCUUGUCAAGUUAAACUUUCAGGAAAAUCAAAUAAACCAGAUCCCUGUCAGGGCAUUUGCAGGGCUUCAAAAGUUGCAGAAGCUUGAUAUUUCAAACAAUCAGUUGCAGUCAUUGACGGAGGGGGUCUUUGAUGGACUCAUCAGCCUGAGACAGCUCACUGUUCGGAACAACCUUUGGCUGUGCGACUGCACUAUCAAAUGGGUGGUGUCAUGGCUUAAGUCUUUGCCAGCCUCCCUCAAUGUACGCGGGUUCAUGUGCCAUAAACCUGAAAAGUUCCGGGGCAUGGUGAUCAGGGAGCUGAGUGCUGAGCUGGUCCAAUGCCCACAGAGCACAGUGACAGCACCCCUGUCCACCUCAGCAGCUAACUCUGCUCUGGUCCCAUCUUUGUCAUCUUCCACAGGCUCCCCUUUAGUCACUCAGUAUGUUACCUCCUCCACCAGGCAGCCCUUCCCUACAAUGCCCACACUCUACCCUAUCUAUACAACCAGAGAAGGAGGGUUGAGGACUAAGCAACCUCUGGAUCCCCGGAGGGAGACCCUGCAGGUCACAUUUGCCAUACUGAAUGACUCAGCUAUUCACAUCAGGUGGGUCUCCACCUUACCAGUCACCGCCUACAAGGUGACCUGGGCCAGGAUGGACCCCAGUCUGAUGGGGGACACUGUCAGGGAGAGGAUGGUGGGUGGGGAUCACCGAGGGAUCCGACUGGCUGACCUUGAGCCAAAAUCUACCUAUCGGAUCUGUGUCAUUCCCUUGGAUGCAUUCAAUAAUUACCGGCCCAAGGACGAUACUGUGUGCACUGAAGCUGUGACGACACCAGCCUUGUUCAGCCCUGAUAAAAACAAAGGACCAUCAGGGCCCGAGCAAGCCACACAACAAGAACCUAGCUCACCUUUCUUGCUGGCAGGGUUGAUCGGUGGGGCCGUGAUUGUGGUGCUGGUUGUUUUCCUCAGCAUCUUUUGCUGGCACAUGCACAAGAAGAGCUCCACGUUCUCCACCAAGUGGAAAUACAACCGGGGUCGGAGAAAAGAUGACUAUUGCGAGGCAGGCACCAAGAAAGAUAAUUCCAUCCUGGAAAUGACUGAGACCAGCUUCCAUAUAGUUUCACUCAACAAUGAGCAGCUUCUCAAGGGAGAGUUCCGCAUUCAACCUAUUUACACCCCUAAUGGGGGCAUUGGCUUCCGAGACUGCCCCCUGGGGAACAAUAGCACAGUCUACUACAAGAAUAAUGUUCAGGAUGCAGACUUGGGUUGCACAUGAUAAAUUUGGAGAGCAUCAGGAGCAUUUUUACUACCCACUACCCACAAUUUACUGGACACUGUACAGUGUUAAUAUUAUUUGAAACCCAUGUGUCUUCAAGAAAUGUAAUUUGUACAACUGGCUGGAUGAUGUCUUUUAUAUAACAAUACUGGAAUUAUAAGUUAUUGGUUUCUGGUUAUUGUUUUUGCUUUUAUUUCUAAGUAUUAAGACUGGGUUUCAUUUUGAUUUUCAGUAACAAUGAAUGAUUUUGAAGUAACUGUAUACUGUAACCAUAGUAGAUGCAGAAUUCACACUCUCCUCCAGUGCAUCACAGGAGUCCUGAAACCAGCUGGAGAAAUUCUGUAUGAGAAAAGUAGAAAAGAGACAGACACAAAUCAGUCACAAUCACCAGUAGAGGGCAUAGUUUUCUGGAAACCAUAUAGUCAACCGUCACACUUUACCUGUGACUGAUUUUAAUCAAGUCAUCACUGUAAUGCGGCACAUUUCUUUAACUGCACUCUAUAGAGAUGCAAAUUAUUAGAUUCUUGCUCUAAGAAAAUGACAGAUUUUUAUGCAAAUGGAAUUUCUCUCUGCUUCAAAAGGAAAUUUAAAGGUCACACCCAUUAAACAUUCACAGAAAGUGGCAGGCCAUAGUGCUUUCACCUGCUUUUUCGGUUUAAUACAUUAUCACAAUUAAGGGGUCGUGUUAGUAGUACUAGCUGUGUUCAGUGGUGGGUGUCAGAGUGAGCAGCAAAAAAGCAUUUCUGCCAUCACCUGUACGUUUAACCCAUUAAGACCAACUGUUUCUUUUUUGCUCAGCAAAAAUAAUGUUAUGGUUAAACAGUAUGUGUGUGCCUUGAAGUUAUCAGCUUACAGUGUCUUUUGAAUCCAUGUUUUUGCACAAAAUGUGUACUGUAUAUCCAUUCAGUUGAACUGUUGUUGAGGAGACUUCUUGCUCUUGAUUAUUUAUUUACCUCAGUACACAUUUAAUUAAAAACGUAUCUCCAAAAAUGAACUUAUUCCUCAUGAUCUGUCCUAGAAUGCUCGCCGACUCAAGCUGUUAUGCACUACUCAUGUAAGGAGAGCUCAGUGGGUUU